AAUCAUAACCAAUACAUACCCUUAAUAAAAACAAGAAAUUUUCUAUUUAAUUCACUUGACAACACAGAAAUAAGAAGUUAAAGAUUAGAAGUCCAUCUCUUGCUUCCGUACUUAUCAGUCAGUUUAAUUUAUACGGGAUAGAAAGCACGUUAUCUGAAUAUGGCUAGGAACUUACGUCACCCCACUCAAAGUAUCCAAUAUUUACCAAUAUCUGGACAAACCAAUUUAUUUACAGGUACUUGAACAACCGAACUGUCGACUUUUUCAUAUUAAUGCUAUGGAUUACCAUUUGAUAUUCAACUAUUUGUAAAAGAAGUUAUAUGUGCACUUCGUUUGACGAAACACAACAGGGUUCUCUUAGUUUUCUUUGUUGUUUCUAGGCAACUUUGAAUUGUUAGCACAUUUUGCCAUUAACAGUUCAUAGGAUAAACAAAUGAAUUCAUUGAUAAAGCAUUGUUUCAUUAUACAGUAAUAUUUGCCUCCAAUGAUUUAUUCCACUGUAUAAAUAAUGUAAUGAUUAAAAAUACGUGGGUGUUUUCGAUAAAAAGUGCGACCUGAAUAAAGUCUUUGACCACGUUACCUGCAGAUAACAGAUGGCUGAUGGAGCAGGCGUAAAGGUCAAGAACUUGCAAAUAAUUAAUCAAAAGUUCUGUAGUCAACGUUAUUAUUUGUACAAGACAUUUCGCCGAAUGCUGCUAUAGGUUUGCUCAUUUUAUGGUUGUACUACAAUACUACAUGUCACAAAGGAGAAAAUGUCCAGUUAAUUACAGACGAUAGGAGAUAUUAAUAUAUGGAAACGAAUAUGGCAAACACAGUUGACGGAACUAGCAAUUUUUCGUUGUUUUUAACAAAUGUGACUUGUUUGCCAUUUCUUACUUGGAAUAAUUCUCAACUGAACAACUCUUCGCCCGCACAGUGUGGACUAAACAACACCCAAAAUUUCACAAAUUUGGACCCGGCGUUUCUGAGUUUUCUACAUGAACUUCUACAGCCUUCAAACCUACUCCCAGAACCUUUGCCAAACGAUGUUAUUAUCACAUUCAUUGUGUUAUACAGUUUUAUAAUAAUUCUCGCCGUCGUCGGAAAUACAAUCGUCGUCAUUGUAAUUGGUCGGCACCGACUGCGCCGUUCAGUUACUGACAUGUAUAUAUUCUCUCUAGCGAUCAGUGAUAUUUUGAUAGCAACAUUAAACAUGCCGUUUCAACUGAGUUUUGUAAUUGCAAACGAGUGGCUAGCAGAGGGAACCGCUGGAGAGUUCUUGUGCAAGUUUACAAACUAUGUCCAGGGUGUGACCAUUGUUGCUUGUGUUCUGACAUUAACCGCUAUAGCUAUAGACAGGUAUAUUGUAAUAUGCCAACCGAAAUUGUCCCGAAAGAUCCAUUCCAAAAAAUCCGCAAUCAUUGGGAUCGUCGUAGUUUGGCUCAUCGCCCUCUGUGCUCUCUCUCCACACUUGGUCUUCCAAAAGCUUGAUCAGCGCCUGAAAGUCACGGAGAACGCAAUCGGUGUCGGCUGGGUGUGUGCUGAAUUUUAUCCAAGAGGAAAAGCCGACGGAAAGCUUUACUCUGUAUUUGUUUAUAUUUUUCUUUACGUCAUACCAGUUUUGAUCAUGAUUUUUACAUAUGGAGCUAUUACACAUCGCCUCUGGUUAAAGAGGUCAGUGUUUCCCGUGUCACAGAAUUCGAGCCAGUUUGCUAGAGGUGUUGCACAUAAAAAGAAAAUCACGAAGUUACUUAUUGUUCUCGUGCUGGCAUUCACAGUUCUAUGGUUACCGUUCUUUUCCUUCUCAAUGUUCACCAAGUUUGCGGACGCCGAUGUGCACGCUUUCCGAAUCAAGAUGGCGGUGUUGCAACUUGUUGGAUACAGCAACUGUUGUGUUAAUCCAAUCAUGUAUACAUUUCUAAAUAAUAGUUUUCAGAAAGAAUUUAUUCGCAUGUGUAGAUGUAUUCCAUGUUUUACACGGGACGCAGUCAGUUCUUCUGUAAAAACAGACACAGAAAGUAAAAUUUGAAAGCGAAUAAACGAAACCCGUUAUACCAAUGUUGUUUUAAGCUAUUCAUAGCGCUAUUCAAUAAAAGCAUAUAGUCUAGAUCAAAACAAAAAAAAAACAAAAAAAAAACAAAAACACCGCAUUUCUUUCUUGGUAUAAAUCUAUGAACUUUUUUUUAUAUUUUGUAUACUGCCAUGAUCUAUGUAUUUUAAGUAUGUUAGAAAUAUUAAUUCUAUUUUAUCU